AUGCCUGCUACCAUCACUGCGUUCAGUGCUUGGUCGUGGACAAAACAGACCGGAAUCCGUGCUACACCAGAUGCUAUUAUCUCAGUAAGGCACAGAGCUAGUGUUCCACACUCUAUCUUUAUCGGUACAGUCUUCUUCGGGUGCUUGAUGCAUUGUGAAGAUGAUCUUGGUGAACCAGAUGCUUUUCAUGAUUCUGAAGAGUGUGUCGUGUCUUGGUUUACCAGAGACGAGUUGAGAUCCUUUGAUAAAGAAGAGUUCUUCGAGCAUCAUCGCGACAUAUUCCUACUGUACGACGGAUGGUUAAAUUCCAAUGCUGGCCAAGAUAUUGCUUCCACUAAAGAUGGAUGGCUUCAUUCAUCACUGUUCUUUUUUUCUGAUGUCUGA